AUGUCUAAGGCUGACGACUGCCAAAGUCCUAACCCGUCUCAAUUUCACUUCAAUGAGGUGGCUGCCGCCCUUGCAACAGCUUUUAGUCUCCUCACACUCUUGUUCUACAUCUGGAACAUAGGGUGUCUCAUUUCCAGUACUCCUCAAACACAUAACUCUCCGAGACCUCACAAACGUGAGAGACACGAGAUAGCGAUCAACCCUCUUUCUGGAUUGAUUGCAGCUGUUCUUGGUAUCGUCCUCAUAUUUGCGACCUGGCCACAGCCACUGGAAGGAGCAUCUCUCCUAGUCGUUUUACUAGCACAGGCAAGCGUUUUGGGAUGGCAAGAUCAUGAUCCCGACUCUAUCUGCAAAGAUCUAGUGGAGAAGGUGCCAGAUGUGCUUGCUGUUAUUGUGGCAGCAUAUGCUCUUGGGGACGCACGCAAAAAAUACCAAGAUGCCACUGGAAAUACAUUUAUGGAAAAACAUGACCCUCGAACCGAGAUGAUCCUCGCCUAUGUUCUAACUGCUGCGGGUGCUGUGCUUGGCUUUUUUCAAGAACUGAAAAUCACACAAGAUGGUAUAUCAAGGGACGACCAACAGCGCGUCUGUAAGUUGUGA